UUUUUUUCCUACUAGAACUUUACACAUUGGGCUGAGCAGUGAUGGGUGACUGGACCUUCUUAGGAAAUGUUCUCGAUAAAGUUCAACAGUACUCAACAAUGGUGGGAAAGGUCUGGCUGACUGUUUUAUUCAUUUUCCGUAUCCUAGUCUUAGGCACAGCAGCUGAGUCUUCCUGGGGCGAUGAGCGGACUGACUUCCUAUGCGACACCCUUCAGCCUGGUUGCACAAAUGUUUGCUAUGAUAAGAUGUUCCCAAUCUCCCACAUCCGUUAUUGGGUUCUCCAGUUUAUAUUUGUUUCCACCCCCUCACUAAUCUACAUGGUACAUGCUUUACAUUUGGUUCAUAUGGAGCAAAAGAGGAUGCAGAAUGAAGACAGUGAAAGAUCACCUCCAAGGCAUAAGGAGUAUCCCGAAGAAACAGAAGAACCUAUUGUGAAGAUUCCAUUGAAGGGAGCUUUACUCAAAACAUAUGUGUUUAGUAUCAUCAUAAGAACCUUCAUUGAAGUGGCUUUCAUUUUGGGCCAGUAUUAUUUGUACGGCAUAUUACUUAAAGUGCUUUAUGUCUGCCACUCCUCACCUUGCCCAAAUGCUGUCAACUGCUAUGUAUCCAGGCCAACUGAGAAGAAUGUAUUCAUUGUAUUUAUGCUUGUUGUUGCUGCACUGUCACUUUUGUUGAGUUUACUCGAACUUUACCAUCUUGGCUGGAAGAAAGUGAAAGAAUGUUUACAGAGCUAUAAAGUGCCGCCCUCACAAGAUGAUGCAAUCCCUGCCACCAAUGAAGGCCAAGGCAAAAUUGCACAGGCCUGCACACCACCGCCAGACUUUGAUCAAUGCCUUGUGCAACCAACUUCCCAUUGCCAGACAUUCAGUGACAAGAUGGCUCACCAGCAAAACUCAGUCAAUCUGGCAACAGAGCUUCAUAGAAGCAGUGAUAACCUGGGUCAGGAAGAUUUUCUGCACAUGAAUUAUAUGCAAGGCUGUAACGAAUCUAAUGCAACACCCACUGUAUAUAUUGACAGCUUUUUAAAGGGAAAGUGCAGACUCAGUAAAGCAAGUGGAUCCAGUAGUAGAGUGAGAACAGAUGACUUAACUGUAUGAAAAAUAAUACUGCUGCUAUGAAAAUGAACCAUCUUUAAACAGGGUGACCAUAUUUGAGUGGUAGAUGCCUUCCUCCUUAUAUGUGGAACAUUCCCACGAAAUUUUAUUUCCCCCAGUUUCUUGCAUGUGAUCCUGUCCAAACUAUUUUGUAAGUGGCCACCUUAUUAUGCACUAUAUGACACUUCAGUUCAAGGUCUGUGAAGAUCUCACAAGGUACACCUCAUGCUUUGAGCAAGUCUGACAAAUGCCGAAGAUGACUGAUCAUUCUACAUUUGUGAACUUCAGCAAGGCAAUGGUCCAACAGCAUCGAUCCAGCAUGUCAGACACAGCCAUCCAGCUGGGGUUUUCAUAUUCAACAAGAUCUAAGGUGCAUAGAGGGUAGACAUUCAAAAAAACAACAUCCAGUGGCCAGAAAUACCUGAAAGAAUAGAGAAGCAGGGAAACUGGGAAUAAUCAUGCAGGUUAAUACUCUAAGAAACUACAAUGGGAUUCAGAAUGGCACAUCUCAAACUCAACUUGCUGCAUCCUGUCCUGGGUGGGAUACUGUAGCAGAUAUCCCACUGGGUCCUACUCUUGUUGGGACUAUCAGCAACAGACUGGACGUUCACUCUUCCUGGACAAUUGUGAAAUGGAAAAAUGUCACAUGGUCCAAUAAAUUCUGGUUCCAGUUAUCACAGCAUGAAGCAAUCAAUCUAUUUUUGCUUUGUUAACACUGCAAGCCCGUGGUGGUGACAUAACAGUUUGGUCAGAG